ACUCAUAACCAGAGAAUCGAGUGUUUAUGGCGAGACGUGUCUCGAUGCUUCGGUAAUGUGUUUUACUACACUUUCAAAUCCAUGGAGGAAUCUCGUUUGCUUGAUGUCACCAACCCCCUACAUUUGUUUGUUCUUCAUUGUGUCUACUUGCCCAGAAUUAAUGCUGCAAUUGAUAGUUUUGUUGGGGCCUGGAAUAAGCACCCCAUAAGAACUGAAAGAAAUUGGAGUCCGGAACAAAUCUGGUCCAAUGGAAUGAUAGACAGAGUCAAUGGAAGACUUACUGCAGUAGUUGAUGUAAGUGAUGCUAACAUCAGUGGGCAUGAGCAUGAGUGGUAUGGUUUUGACCCUGAUGCACCACCACCACCUGAUGAUGGUCUGUCCACUGUCGAAGUCAAUGAAGUGGAUGUAGAUUUACUAGAUAACAUUAUCUCUAGGCUGUCAAAUGAGAUCAACCCCACUUGA